AUGAAUAUUGGCUGCCUCGUGCGUUCAUCCUUGGGAAAAGCCUGUAUGUGCUGUACGUGUGCAGUGCCGAAGGCAUUGUCAAUAGGGAAAGGCACCGACAAAGAACUCGAUUUGACUCAAGCAGUAGGAGAGGUAAGGCAUAUAGUGCUAGCAGCAUCAGGUGAGUCUGUGUUGCGGAGCUUCAAACGAUUGGUGUUUGCCCUGAAGAGGCAACCAAGAAACUCCGUGGCAGUCGAUCAAACAGAGCCCAGGUGUGCUCACGAGAAUCAGGCGAUUGCCCUGAUGGCUGUGUGGAAGAUGAUUUUGAUGCACAUGGAUGGUUGGAAAGCUACCAUGGUGGUGAGGUGGAAGGUGGAAUGCAUUAUACUCUGCCUACUGUUGCUGUUGUAG